UAAGGUAAGCAUCUAUGAAUCUUAAUCAAUGCGUUAUUAACUGCAUCUCAACAGGUUUACAACACUAAGGAUAACAUAAUGUCUGUUAACUGGUUAACAAAUGCUCUGAUUUUACUGGCAAUUAUUAAUGCCACAUCUACAGCUCUAAGCACCAGUUACCUACUAUCACCUCAAUUAGCGAUUGAAAUUGCUCAAGUAAAAGCAGAGAUAAGAAAUGAUGGUACAAUAGGAGUUGAUAAUGAUCCACUAGUUCAACUUAGCACAGUUGAAAAAAUGAAAAUAAUAGAACAGUACCAGGGCUUCUUCAACCCAAUGCCUGAAGAUGGCAGGCCGAGCACAGCCUCCAUUUCACGAUUAUCGUUCAGCUCUGAAGAUGUUGACAUACCGCUAAUUAAUGUACAGACAACAAGUGUGUGCAGUUGCUUAUCACGCACAAAGAGGAGUGUAGGAAACGAACUCAGCAAUCAAACAAAUAUAUCAUAUGAAGGGAAUAGUGCAAAAUGGACGGUGCUAGAUAUGAUGCACUUGAAUAAAUCUCUUCCCUCUUCCAUUCCAUCAACAAUUCCAGCAAUGAAAAAUAAAAAAUUGGGUAAUAAAUUGUCUUCAAACAUCAGGAAACUGAAACGCCAGAAAUGGUUAAAGCAGUGGAUGGAAAGGAAAUAUCUAAAUUCCUCACAUCUGAAAAUAUUUGUAAAAGAAAGUUUGAAGAAUAAGGCAGCAGACAGUGGUAAAGUGGCAACAAAAAAUAGUACCAUGGCAACAGAGAUUAGUAACAUGACAACCGAGAGUGAUGACAUGGCAAUAAAAAGUAGUACCAUGGCAACAGAGAAUGGUAGCAUGGCAACAGAUAGUGGUAACAUGACAACAAAAGAUAUAUCGAUAGAGGAUCGUGUCACAGAAACGAAGGGUAAUAGCAUGCCAGCAGAUGCUGACAAAGACCAAAAGCACUCAAAUCGAACUGCCAGAUCUCCAAGUGUUUUUAUAAACGUCUGUCCUGUUAUCGAAUCUUGGUCUGACCUAAACCUAGCGGUGACAGAAAAUAAUGAGCUCGUACAGAUUAUACAGGGCCCACAAAUGUUCCAGAAGCAGUGGUUCCUAGAGGAAAGGUGCAGAAGGAGCGAGUCACCAGUUGUUCCCAACAUUUCUUGCAUAAGAUCCUUCCGGUUGGUGAGGGCAGUAGUGAUUUUUCUAGACAUUGAAACACCAUUGUCAACACAGUUGGUUAAGGUUGAAGGUUGUAAGGCCGUGCUUAAAGUUUAGGUCAACUUAUUGCAAUUCUACAGGCGCGGUCAAUGUGUAAACUCAUGAAAAGCCAAUUCUAGGUAUGGUUAAGUAUAUUUUAUGCUCUUUUAAAAUCAGAUUGUUGGUUACAGUUAAAAUGUAUAAGUUAGUCUGAAACUCCACAAAAUAUGAUGUAUGCCACCUUGAUUCUAUAUUUGUUCCAAUGAUUGAAAAACUUCAUUUUCAGAAAUAACAUACACAAUCAAAAUUAACUAAUCAAUAUUUGGAAGCAAAUGCUCUAAACAACAAAUCUGACUAAAUAUUAAGUUUAAACACUAAUAGAAUAAAUACACCACUCCAUUUUAUGUUUAUCAACAUACAAAAGCUCUCCAUAAAAAUUGCAAAAAUAUUUAAUGUUUUGGUUUUGUGUGAGCAGCUGCAAAAAAAAACCAAAAAAAAAAACCUCACAUGAUUUCAUAUUGCCAAUAAUACAGUAGGUCACUGUUUGGGAGAUCCUAAACAAACAAAAAAAUUCAAUAUUGUGUUAGGACCCUUUCAACCACGCGUCGAUCGUCUAGAAUAAUACUUGCACAGAUCCGGAUAAUACUGUAGACAUAAUUUUUUCACAAAAUACACAAUCAUUCGAAGAAUUGAAAUUUUUUCUUAAUGUAUUGUUUUUAAGGUGUAUACUCUAACAUUCUAAUUUUCUCGCAUCCUUUCUUGGAGGUGAUUUUUUUUGCUUACUCUACCUCUAAAUGCUUAGAUUUCACUACCAAAUGCGGGUUUUUUUUUGCAAAGUCGUUGUGAUUGCAAGCUUCCUACUUAUCAGGUCCAAUGCGGCUUGAGAAGGUCCGACAAGCCUGCUCGUAUAUGACGCUGCGCGUCUUAAACUGAGGUGGUGGAACUUUCCUAUCAUUCGACACUAUUUCUACCCCUCCUGUUAUACUCCUACACUUUUGGAGUCCUUAGGAGGUUGGCUUCACCCACCACAACCAGAACCAAAAUGUUCAUGACUGCUUCGGUCUUGUGCUGAUUAUAAAAAAGAAAGCUUUAAUGUUUUGAUUUUUCAAAAAGAUUGACCUCACAAUGAAGAAAACCUGAAUUAUGUUUGCUUAAGAUUGUAUUAUACUUGAAGAAAUGGCUAAUUGAUGGAUUGGGAGAAGAAAAUUGCACAUUCUAUCAAAUAUUUGUGGUCCAGGAACCACAGAUUGCAUAACACUAUGCUAGGGUGCGCCUAGCCUAUCUUAAAUUUGAGCUUUAAUACACUCUGGAAAUCGUUAUUUCUGCUGCUGAAAAUGUUCAGCAAACAUAGAGACAUAAUUAUUAAUGAAGAUGCUGUAAUUUUAAACUGCUAUCUAGCAUCCUAGAUACUGUAUAUCCAAUGCAAGUGAAAUCACAUAGGACUAGCAUAGGUCUACCUUAUAAUGUAAUAUUUUUAGGAAUCAUUUUCAUUUUAUAUAAAUAUAUUUUUUGUGUUUGUAUUUUGCACUUGAAAAACAAAAUUCAAUAUUUGAAUGGCUUACUUUGUACAUUUAGAAAAUUAGUACCCUGUGAAAUAUGAACCCCAACUUCAGGACCCCCAUAGGCUAGAGAACCCAUUGUUUUUACGGCUAGAUGCCAAACAUCAGAAAAAAAA